GGAUUGCAUGUCGACUGUCGAUUUUUUUUUGAUGAUGGUGUGUUUUGGUUAUAUUUGUUUUCAUUUUAAUUUUCAGCAAUAAAAUGCAACAAAAUAAUUAAUAGCUAGCCAAGUUUUGGAACUGUGAUCAAAGAAAUAAAGUCGUAUGUAGUGCAUCUAUACUUAACACCAUGGAUUUUGCUCGGAAACAGCUCGAAAAAUAUGGUUGGAGUGAAGGUAAAGGCUUAGGCAGAGAAGAAGAUGGAAUUUCCACCGCGCUCAAACCAAAACUCAAAUUUGACAAGGCAGGACUGGGCCAUAACAUUGGUGAUGAAUAUAAAAACAAUUGGUGGGAGAAGGUGUUUAAUAGUGCAGCCAACAACAUAGAUGUUGAAGCCAACAAUGAUGAAGUUAAAAUGAAACUAAAAUCAAAUGAACCAUUAGAAAUAUCCACAAGAGGAUAUUCUUCAAAGAAGAAAAAAGAUGGAAUGAAAUAUGGUUCAUUUAUGAAAGUUUCAAAAUUAACCCAAAAUGGAAUAGAACGUUAUGGCCUAUUAGAUGAAGACCCUGAACCUUCAAGUAGUACCAAGGCUGUUAAUAAUCCGUUUCUGCCCCUUACAGAUGAGGAACUUUUUGCUGCUUGUGGUGGCAGAACUGCCCAUAAAGGUGCUCGGCAUGGGAUAAAGCUCAGUGGAAAGCUAUCUAGAAUUGAGAAGCAAGAAAAGAUGCUGUUGAAAAAAAUGAGAAAGGUCUCGUUGUCCGAUGACAACGAAAAAGAAAAAGGAGUUGCAGAGAAAAAACUAAAAAAGCUAAAGAAGCAGAAAGGGCAGAACAGAGAGAAAUACACUCCCAUAAAAGAGGACAGCAUGGAGAGUGUGUGCUCAAAUGGCCUAAGGAUGAAGAAGAAACGAAAGAGUGUCUCAUUCAAUGAUACUGUGACUGUGACAAAGUAUGCUGUGGAUCCAGAUCCUGACACUAAUUUAGAAAGUGAAGCCUGCUCUACCAGGGAUGAAAACAUCAAUGACCAGAACUUGGAAGGGAUAGCCAGCGGAUCUGAUGAAGGUAUAGAACAAGACAUUGAGAACAACAACAACGAUCUGGAGGACAAUCACAGGAGUUUCGAAGUAGCACAGUUCAAAAUCAGCGAUCUUUCUAAAGCAGAGAGGAAGAAGCUAAAGAAAAAACGAAAGUUAGACUCAAGAAAAAAUACUCAGAGUGUAUCACUCUUACGAGAAUUAAACGAUGGCGAAUUUGAAGACGAUGAAAACGCCGUGGACAUGGACGAAAGAAUCAAGAUGAAAAAAAGGAAGUUUUUUGAUGAUUGCGAUUUUGAAGGUGGUGCUUUUUCCGUGACUGACUUUCCAGGAAGGUCCACUAAGCAGAAACUGAAGAAGAAGAGGAAGAAACAGAGGAAACUUGAAGAAAGGAUAAGCUCCAUUACAAGGUCAUUGGAUAACGUUUGCCGUAUAUCUGAAAGCGAAUGAAGGUUUUUCUGAAUCACCCCAGUAACAUUAGAGGUCGAUGGUUCUAGGUUUUGACCUUCGAAAUCGUUUUAUUAAGUUAAAAGUUUAUUUUUAUUUUAUUUUUCAAGAAUGAAUUGAUUAACAUAUUUAGGUGGAAUAUGCCUAUCAUUGAUCAUAGUCACUUGUUACAGAUGCAACUUUUAUUCUAUGUGCAAAGUAUGUGCUAUAGGAUAAAUGAGUAGCAAGUUAACCAAAUUGCUACUAAUCAUUGGUCUCCAGUGUUUAGGCAUCCGUUUCGACGGUGCCUAACUAUGGUCUGUGAAGUUAUUUUGUUUCAUGUUAUUGUUAGGUAUUUAGGCAGCUUCAAUGAUUAAUUAUUUUCAAAAGUUUUUAUAUCUAGUUUGAUACUAAUGUUGCUGUGUUGUGAUGGAAAACUGAGCCAAAAUAAUAUCCAUUGUAAGAUUAAAUAAAAUACGUUCUACUUGAGUUUGAUUUUUUCAUAUAAUUAAGAUAUAUGUAUAUCGUUUAAUAAAAAAUGUUUCUACUUACAAAA